AUGCUUGGACGUUUUACUAUUCCUAGUGGUCAGGGAUGUUUGAUCACAGCCAGUCCAAGAUUCUUAAGUAAUACAACAACGAAAUGCAAUCGAAUGUUAAAUUUAACAGAUGGAGGUACAAGCUGUACACAACUGCCGAAUAUUUUAACCUAUACCGAUCAAUUACAAUUUAUUCGACUACCUAUAUCAAAAUUUACUGGAAGUGGAGUUUAUAAUAUCGAAGCUAUUACAGCGAAUCAGAGUAUAAAAUCAAUUGUUUCAAUAACUUGUAAAGACUCCAGUGAUUCUAUAAUCUCUUGUCAAAAAUCUUCACCGGUUUUUGAUAGAAACACGCUUACAUGUAAAAAUGUUAUAACUGGCGUUACAUAUAAAUUUGCGUAUAAUGAAAAUGGUUUAACAGAGAUCUCCGUAGAAUUUAAAUUUUCAAAUAUAGAGACUGAAGUGUUCGACGAGGUGUACACUGUCCAGUUUAUUGAAAGAAACAAUGUGACUAAUCAAAGUGCUUUAGUUCAACCAUUAUUCACUGAUUAUUGUAGUGGAUCACCAGGUUAUCUAAAGAAUUAUCCAAUUCGAGCGGGUUAUGCACAAACUGAUACUUCAAAAUCUCAAAUAAUUAUGUCAACCUAUCCGUCGAAUCCUUCAAUUUAUCCUAACCUGAAUAAUGAAAUUAAUUUUGGUUGGUGGCCAAUACCAAACUCUGGUGAUUGCGAACAACAGCCGAAGUUGACUGGUCGAAUAAAAACAAUAUUAUUCGGACAGGAUACCUACAGUUCAUGUGUACUUAGAUUAAAAUCAUUUAUUAGAAAUCCUAUAAACUGUACAACUCUUGAAACACAGAUCAAAUCAAUAUUAAAUUAUGGUCAAACACCGAUUACUCAUGUCGGAGUUUGGGGUAAUUCUGACAUUAACCAAUUAGCUGAUUGGAUAAAAAUCACUGUGGUAAAUGCAGAAGCCAACAAUAUCAAUUUAAUUAACGGAACAAAAUCAUGGGCAUGUCAAAAUGUUGUAACGGGUCAGACGAUACAUAUUUUUUAUGCCAGAAAAGGUGCAUUAUAUAGUUUACAGAACAGUAUUGUUUCAGUACAAAGAAUAUACAAACGAGGAACUAUCUCGUACAUAUGUCAAGGUUAUUCGUGUGUAGAUGUGAAUGCGAAUCCGGAACAACAAUUUUUCCUUACUACAAAUAUUAGAUUUCAUGAUAUGACUUCAAAAUGA